CGUGAAGAGCUGGGAAGCGUCUCAUUUUGAUGUAAAAUUUUCAGGCUACAAUUCCAAUAUGUUGAUAAAACAUUGCUAGGAUUUCAGGAGAUUUCUAGAAAACGAGUUCUCCAGAGCAACGCUAGGAAAGGUGUGUGAGCACAAACGGCUAUCAUAUUCGUAAUCAGCGCCCUUCACUACAUAUAAAUUGUCAGGUUUGAACAAAAUCGGAGUGCCUCACUUGGGAAUAUUCCCUGGUAGGAAUUGAACUGCUGUUAUAUCAUCUUGACAAAUAAAAUUUAUUUUGAUAUCUUUAAAAGUAUUUUAAGGUUUUUUUCUGAUUGUUCGAAUUAAAUCUCAUUACACUACUCAAUUCUAACACAGAGAGUUUUCUGAGAAAACUGAUACUAAAAAAAGCCUUCCUCAGUUAUUGCUUGAUACAGUUGGAAAUUAUUGUUGUUUAUUAGUGGUACCGUCACCUUGCGUAAUAUUUCAUAAUUAAAAUGUUACAAUUAUUCUUGUCGCCCUAACAGCGCUCUUAGAAGAAGAACAAAGACAUAAAAAUUCAUCAAAUCCUAUCAACCAGUAACGAUUCUCUCUCUCUCUCUCUCUAUAUAUAUAUAUAUUAUCAGAACAAAUAAAACUCACUAAGCUUUUCUUUUUUUGUUGUUUUUUUUUAAAAUCAAAGUCAAGAUUUUUUCAUCAUCAUCAUCAUCAUCAUCAUCAUCAUAUUUUAAUUUUGACAUGCUACAUACAGAGAAUAAGAAGAAAAAAAUGGGAAAACAUACAUAAUUUUUUAGUUUGUCAAAAUCACAGAAUUUUAUCUUCUUUUUCCCAACAAAAAUGAGAACAAAAACCAGAGACAAAAAAAAUAAAAACUAUUGACAUUAACAGAGAAAUACUGCUUUUAGUUUUUGUAGCCUUCCAUCACGGAAACCAUUUGUCGAUAUUGCAAAUACCACUUUAGAAAGAGAGAGAGAGAAACGGUCAUAAAUCAUUAUAGAUCAAUAAUCAGCAUCUCCUAUUCUUAUUGACCGAAUGUUAAAACAUCUUCGUCAUGUUUUAUUGUUGUUAAUUUCGAUGCCCAUUUUUUUUUUGAAGAAACGAUAAUAAUGAUUGUUUAAUUCAGAUUUCUCUUUUUUCUUGUCCUGAUUCUCGAGUCAUUGUUAUAGUAAGUAUCGAACUGCAUCGGUUCGAAUUUAUGAUUGACAAAUAAUAUUAAGUAUUUAUAAAAAAAAACAUUUUCUUUUAUUAUGAGAAAAAAUGUAAUUAAAAUAAGGUUAACAAAGAAAUGAUCAACAUUCAACAUCUGUUACUGUAAUCGAUUGCAUCCCAAAUAUCUAAGAUCGAAAUAUUUUCUUCUAAGUUAAAUCUUAUCUUUAUUUAACAGUGUAAAUUCAAUGUUUCUAGACAUUCUUUCCCUUUUUGCAACAGAAAUACAAUAAGUGCUAUCUUUCAAUAUCAAUCAAAAUUUCUAAAGAAUGCAUAAAAACCUAAAAUUUUUACUCAAUAAUCUAAGUAAUUUUGUGUUUUUCACAUUAAUUUCUGCUCUAGUACUACAUAUUAUUACUUAUAAAAGAUGUUCACGAUACUUUCUUUUAUUUUGUCAUAUCAGAUAAAUCCUAAAAACGGAUUGUGUUCAAAUAUACACUAUUAUGAACACAAAACUUACAAUAUCAUAAUACAUGGAAUGUUAAAACUUUUAAACUAACUAGUAGUAUCUUAAUUUUCAAUUGUGCUCAAUAUUUAACUUAUUAUUCUUUAAUCCUAAAGAGUUAUGUAAUACAGCAGAUGAAGUAAAUGAGAUCAAGAAAGAGAUUUCUCUUGUUUUUGUUCACUAACCAAGCGGUGAAUAGUUGAAAAUGGCAUAAAAAUAAUUUGUAUUUGUAUUUUUCAGAAUUUACUUCAAAUUUUCGUAUAUACAGAUAUAAUGUUCAGACUAUUAUUAUUAUAAAGGGAACGUUUGUGUUAUUAACUACGAUAUGGAUUUAUAUUGGUACUUCUGGCGCUUUUGGCAAAAAUGGCGAUCGUCUCGUGCUCUAAUAUUAUUUAUUGUAUUUGUUGCUCUUUUCUUAGACAAUAUGCUAUUGACUACCGUUGGUAAUAUCUAAUUUUUUCUAAAUUAACACGUUCACUGUCCAUGUAUCAUAUAUGAUUCAUUUGCAAGGUUAGACUAAAUAUGACUUUUUGUUGUGGAUAUACUCAAAAACAAAACAAAAAUAGGAGCGUGCGAGGAAAGGUUUGAAAUAUGUAUCAUAUGUGGUUCAGGACGUAUGGGUGAUAUUUUAGGUUUUCUUGUAGACAGUGAACGUGUUAACACUGAUAUUAUUAUGCAUUUUUUUAUUAUUCAAUAGUUCCAAUCAUUCCCGAUUAUCUUUAUCAAAUUGAGCAUAAAAAUGAUCCUACCUUUCAAUUUUUAUCAAAAAAUUGUUCAAAUUUUGCACUUGUCCGACGUCGUGAAUAUUUUCAACGAAAUCCUACUGCAUUACAUCAAUAUUUGACUGAUUCAAAUUGUACAUCUAUUGAUAGUUGGGCAAUGAAUAUAACUCGAAUUGAAAAUGGUCAAAAAAAAUUAAGUUUAAUUAAGGAGAAUGGACGCGUCGGUAUUAUGUUUGCUUCAAAAGCAUUUGUGCAAUUACUAACAAAUCCAUUCAUUGGUCCAUUAACGAACAGGAUCGGCUAUAGUAUACCAAUGUUUUCCGGUUUCGUUAUCAUGUUCUUAUCAACAAUAACAUUCGCAUUUGGAAGGAGUUAUUCAGUAUUGUUUAUUGCUCGUGCAGUCCAGGGAGUGGGUUCAGCAUGUUCAAGUGUCUCAGGUCUUGGUAUGUUGGCUGAUAGAUAUACUGAUGAUGAAGAGCGAGGCAAAGCAAUGGGAAUUGCCCUAGGUGGUCUGGCACUUGGAGUUCUAAUUGGUCCACCGUUCGGCGGUGUUAUGUAUGAAUUUGUUGGAAAAGCAACGCCAUUUCUUAUAUUAGCCUCACUUGGAUUUUUUGACGGAUUACUACAAUUAACUGUUUUGAAGCCUGGUGUGUCAACAGAAGUUGUCGAAGGUGCAUCGUUUAAAACGCUUCUAAAAGAUCCGUAUAUUCUUAUUGCUGCAGGUGCCAUUACAUUUGGCAAUAUGGGAAUAGCAAUGAUGGAGCCAUCGUUACCCAUUUGGAUGAUGGUAAAAAUGAAUUCGCACGAAUGGCAACAGGGAGCUGCAUUUCUACCGGCUAGUAUUUCGUAUUUGAUUGGAACAAAUAUUUUUGGUCCGAUAGCACACAAAAUUGGAAGAUGGUUAUGCUGUAUGCUUGGUUUAAUUAUCAUUGCCUUCUCUUUGAUAUGCGUUCCACAAGCAUCGUCAAUAGGCGGUUUAGUUCUACCAAAUGCUGGUUUAGGCUUUGCUAUUGGAAUGGUUGAUAGCUCUAUGAUGCCACAAAUGGGUUAUCUCGUCGAUAUUCGUCAUUCAUCCGUGUAUGGAAGUGUUUAUGCUAUUGCUGAUGUGGCAUUUUGUCUAGGCUUUGCUAUAGGUCCUGCUUUGAGUGGCUUUGUCGUUCGAACAAUUGGCUUUUCGUGGAUGUUAUAUACCAUUUCUUUUAUUUGCUUACUCUAUGCUCCAUUAAUGUUUUUCUUACGAAAUCCGCCUGGCAAAGAUGAAAAACUGUCACUUAUUAUGAAUGAGAAUCAUAGUUCAUUCUCGUAUGUACGAAGUAAAUCACUCGAUGGCGACGGUUAUCAUGGCUAG